AUGAAGAAGAAGAAGAAGAAGAAGAAAACCAAAACUGAGCCAGCCAAGAUUGACAGUGAAGAUGUCCUUCUCCGACUCCCAUACUACAUAAUCCUGGACAUCUUUUGCAAAAUCCCCACCAAAAAACUACUUCAGUUCAAAACUGUGUGCAAGUCUUGUCACUCUUUCCUCUCCGAUCCUCAGUUCGCCAAAGACUUAUCUUCUCAAACUCCUCCUUGCUUUAUGAUGUCGAGAAGCCCCCCGAAUGGCUUGUUUAUAGUCGAUCCUGAAAAGGCCUCGUGCCCGGACGGCCUCUUACUUAGGGUGCCUAAGCCUGCUAACGAUGAUCCAUAUUGGAUACGUGAUAUCCUCUUCCGAGACUCAAGAACGUUCAAAAGAGUGGAGCCUUUAUGUGCUUAUGGGUUUGGUCCCAUCACCCACGAGUAUAAGCUAUUAGUUAUUAUGCCUUCAGCUCCACAAUCUGAUGAAUGGAAGGCAAUGGUGCUGACGGUUGGCUCAAAGAGUUGGAGAAGCAUUGGGAGUUGUAACCGUCCUGGUAGCCUGCGAGAAGAGAUGAUUUAUUUGAAUGGUUUUAUUCAUUGCUUUGAUCAUAAGAGUUAUUCGAUUCAUGCAUUCGACAUUGAAAGUGAGCGGUUUCAAGAGUUUCAGGUUUCUGCUCUGAGAGAAUCUAGUAGUCAUUGCUUUGACAGGCUGGGACUAGGAGUCUCGCCUGACGCAGUCGGAUUGAGUGAUAACUAG